GUGUCAUAGAACAGGCAGUAUCUUUUGCUAAUAGUCAAAAUAAUCGAGGCUCCUCACGUUAUAUGACACUUCUAGAAAUUCUACCUGAAUUUGAAAUUUCAUACAAAACAGUUUGUAGUUUAUGUGAUAUCGGAGUAGUAAGAACAAAUGAAGAAAAGCCUCUUAGUUCAAAACAAAUUAAACAGAAUAUAAAUGAGUUAAAAGGAAAACUUAAGAAAGAUAUGUCACAACUUUACCAGCAUUUAUAUUCUGGUGUAAAUGAGCUGUCUGUUUCCGAAUUAACCUGGAAGGUUCCUCUGGCGAGCCAGGUUAUUAGUGAUGAUGCAAAGCUGGUACAACAGUUACCAAAUUAUCUGUAUAAUAUUUUUAUGAAACCUGUUCAUCAAAUGGUACCUACUUCAUUGCCUAUUAUCCAAGAAACUUGCAUGGAAUUUGUAUCACGGUUCAUUAGACAACAGGUUGAGGUUCCACCUGAAAAAUUAAAACAUAACGGAACAUGGUAUGAAUCAGAAGAUGAUAUUAUAGGAGUUACAGAAAGGAUUCUCAGUACCUUGGAAGAUGCUUGGAAUAACACAGCAUUUAGUCACGAAUUUGCAGAAUCACUAAAUGAAGGAACCUAUGUGACCAAUGUGAUAGUCCCUGCGAUUCGUGCUUCAUUAAAAAAUCUUCCUUAUGGGAAGUCCUCAUUUGUUAGCACUUCAGAAAGACAGAGUACUGCUAGUGCUGAUAGAAAAGGUCAUAUAGGAUGA